AUGGACUUCACGGCUUGGUAUGCGGUGGCUCUCGGGAGUUGUGUGGCUGUCAUUAUUGGUGCCAAAGUUACUCAACAGACAUUGAAGCUUGAGUUCCUGGGCUACCGACAUGUCGACCGAUAUCUUGGGGUUUCCGGGAGCAAGGUUCGGUCUGCGCUCAUUCUCCUAACGUUGUUGAUAGGAAAUAUCCUGGGCUUAACUCUUUACGUGCACGAUCCAGCAGACUUCAUCAAACGCUCUGGACUUCUAUCUAUUGUCAACAUUGCCCCGCUUAUGUUGGGUGGUCACAUAAAUCUUGUAGCGGAUCGUUGCGGCAUCAGCCUGGCAUCAUAUGCGACGGCACACCGGUGGCUGGGCCGAAUUUGCAUCAUAGAGAGUAUCAUACAUGCAGCAGCCAGAUAUCACUUCUUCAAUGUGGACUUCCACAAGCUGCAGGAAACUACAGGUCUUGUCGCAGUGAUCAUCUUGGUCUUGGUUUUUUUCUCUGGCCCUCUUCGAUUCUAC